AUGCUUUCACUUCUCCUUGCCAUUCUCAUGAUCCCCCCUCUCCUAAUCCCUUCAACACUCUGCGUGCCUCAGGGGGUCACGGCAAUCAUUCGGCCACCUGGGGCCUCUCCCCCGGGGUGUGUCGAUAGCUACCCAGGAGCCUUCGGUUUUGAACCGAUCGAUCACCCCACCUGGACUGUCGAAACCCGGUGCUUCGAACCGCGUUCUCUAAAGAUGUUUCUCAGCAAGGGCCUCUUGGUCGAUCACCUCGGUCGAAUUGGUUCCAUCGUUGCCAACCGACAGUUCCAGUUUGAUGGACCACCUGCUCAAGCGGGGGCGAUUUAUACCGGGGGUUGGUCCAUUUGCCCGGACAACCUCAUUGCCCUGGGACCACAGCAGGAAUUUUAUGCCUGCGCGAGCGGUACCUUCGAGAAUAUCUACGACUCGAAGAUUGCAGACUAUUGCAGGCAGAUAUUUCUCGGGAUUAUCCUAUUUGUGGAGUGUUAG